AUGAACGCCAAAUGGAGUCACCAUUAUGACGUCAUUAAGAAAGUAUCAUCAUUGUCCGGCCAGUGGCCCUAUCAGAGACCAAUAACGAGAUUGUUUUGUGUGAUCUUGGUGACUUUGAGCACGAUUUCUAUGAUUAUUCCACAGAUAGCUAAAUUUGUUAAAUGCAACGGAAACUUACAAUGUAUUUUUGAAACUUUGACAUCCUAUAUGUUAACAACCGUAACAUUGGUCAAGUUAUAUACAUGUUACUUUAACCGAUGUAAAAUGAAAAUUCUCAUUGAUCAGUUAUUCGUUGACUGGAACGAAUUGGAAACACAAGAAGAAUACGAAAUUAUGAAAAAGUAUGCCAAGAACGGCAGACGAUAUUCCUUGGGAUACUCAUUGUAUUGCUAUUUCGCUGUGUAUGUGUUUAUGUCUGUGUCCCUCAUACCACAAAUAUUGGAUAUCGUUUUACCUUUAAACGAAUCUCGUCCUAUAUUGCCAACAUAUCCAGGAUAUUACUUUGUUGACGAGAGAAAAUAUUUCUUCUAUAUCUUUUCACAUGCUAUCAUGGCUUGGGAAAUUGCUAUAACUGGAAUAGUCACCCAUGACUGCAUGCUUCUAACUUACAUUGAACAUGUCUGCAGUAUUUUUGCCCUAGUCGGAUUCGCUCAACUGAUUGAAGAUACGUUUUCGUUAACGCUGGCUAUACAAAUAGCGCUGAAUACAAUAAUGAUCAGCAUUACCUUGUUACAAGUCACACAGCAGCAAGCCGAUAUUUUAGAAAUGAUACGGUAUGCGAUGUAUGUUAUUGGCCAAUUGAUUCACCUGUUCUGCCUCAGCUUCGAAGGACAAAAGCUAAUAGAUCACAGUCUUCAAAUCCGCAAUAAGAUUUAUAAAAGUCUUUGGUACGAAACAUCUCCCAAGUCACAAAGGAUGCUUUUGUUUGUCAUGCAAAAGAGUCUUCGACCUAUUUUCUUAAGCGCUGGCAAGAUCUAUACUUUCUCAAUGGAAAAUUUCACCAUGAUCGUGCAAACUUCAAUGUCAUACUUUACCGUACUCUCGUCUUUGGAAUAA